CCCUCCAUUCUGUGCUGCACUCCUUGUGUGUCACCCGAACCGGGAAUUGUCUGUGCUUCAGGGCCAAAGUAGUUCUACUAUCACCUAGAAUGGCACCCAAGAAGGACGCUAAGGCCCCCGCCAAGAAGGCCGAGCCCGCACCGGCCCCUGCUGCACCGGCCCCCGAGCCCGCCGCUCCUCCCAAGGCCCCCGCAGUCGACCUGUCCGCAGUCAAGAUUGAAUUCAGCCCAGACCAGAUUGAGGACUACAGGGAGGCCUUCGGUCUGUUCGACAGAGUUGGCGACAACAAGGUGGCCUACAACCAGAUCGCAGACAUCAUGCGCGCUCUGGGCCAGAACCCCACCAACAAGGAGGUAAACAAGAUCCUGGGAAACCCCUCCGCCGACGACAUGGCCAACAAGAGAGUAGAAUUUGAGGGAUUCCUGCCCAUGCUCCAGACCAUCAUCAACAGCCCGAACAAGGCAGGCUUUGAGGACUACGUUGAGGGUCUCCGUGUCUUCGACAAGGAGGGCAACGGCACAGUGAUGGGCGCCGAGCUGCGCAUCGUCCUGUCAACACUGGGAGAGAAGAUGACUGAGAGUGAGAUUGAUGCUCUGAUGGCGGGACAGGAGGAUGAGAACGGCUGUGUCAACUACGAGGCCUUUGUCAAGCACAUCAUGUCUGUGUAAGGACCCUGCCACCCCGGUGGAAAGCAUCGUGUACGUGCAGACCCCAUGGAGUCACGACAUCCACUCGCUGUUUCCCGUACCAUCUGUGGAAGCAGGGGGAACAAAGGACUAUGAGAUGUCAUUUCCUGAUCUUUUGUUUUGUUCGACACAUUUUUUUUUUUCCUCUUUUGUCCAACUGGUGCUUUUACUUCUCUCCUCCUCCUCCUCCUGCCACUCGGGAAGACGUCCUGAUUUCCCACGAGGUGCUUUUUCCUCACUUUCAUCCAAGUCCCGCAGUCUCAUUGGGGUUUUUUUUUUUUUUUCUGUCAUCACCGUCACAGAGGAACAGUGAUGAAGGGAAAGGUGGAAUAAUGUUGAGCAUCCCCUCCCACUUACUGCCUGGCUGAUUCUCCAUCUGCCAGAGAGGUGACUAGUCUGGCCCAGGACCGGCCGUCCAAAACAAUCCACUCCUCAACCGACCCAUCCCCAAGUCUUAAGUUAUUGUAUCCUCUGCUCUUUGACAAUAAACUUUUCACACUCCCAUUUUACUU